AUGAUACAAAAUAAAGCUGCAGCAUUAGCAAAGUCUCCAAAAUAUAUUCUUCACUAUCCUAAUAUUAACAUGUUUAAGUGGAGUAACAAGUGGCCUGAUCGUUUCUUACAAUAUAAUAGUUUUAGUAAUCAUUGUAAAACAACUAUUGCACAAAAGCUACUAGCAGAAUUAGAGACACAACAGCAAGCAUUUCUUAAUUUUGUUCAAUAUUGCUGUAUUCAAUAUGAUUAUCUAUUACUAUUAAUGGGUAACAUGGACAAAACCCUCCUUUCUUUUGAUAUGCCAAGUAAUGUAACUAUAGAUAAUAAAGGAAAUAAAAUAAUCAGUAUUAGAACUUGUAGUUAUGAAAAAUCUUGCUUCACUGUUGUACUUGCAUGUAUGGCAGAUGGUAAAAAAUUACUUCCAAUGAUUAUUUUUAAGUUAAAAAAUGAUCCACGACUUGAGUUCUCACCAGGUGUAGUUGUUAGAGCUAAUAAAAUUCGAUCUAAAUAUAAUGAAUGGAUUUCACAAGAAAUAAGAGAAUUAACCGAAUCCGGUCGAAUUAAACACGAUGAAUACGUUUUUAAUGGUAAAAACUUGGUUUCACAACUUAAUAAAACUUUCUAUUCUAAAAAUACUUUUAUUUUAAUAAGACCUCAAACUACAAAACCUUUUGCCUCAACAAAACUUUUCACCUCAACAAAGCCUCCCACCCCAACAAAGCUUCCAAGACCUUCUAUCACUACCAUACCUCUCAUCCCAAGAACACUUUCUUCUGCAAGAUCUCUCGCACCAACAAAACCUUUCACUUCAACAAGAUUUCUCAUCAAAUCAACACUUUUUACCCCAACAAAAUCUUCCGCUUUAGCAAAGCUUCUCAUCUCAACCACCACAAGGUUUCUUGGCUCAUCAAAACUUUCUGAAUCGGGGAGAAUUUGA